CUUCAUCCUAAUAUCGAAAUGCAAUCGAUAAUGUCGAUAUCUAACGCUUUCCAUGCGCACAUCUCUGGCUGCCGCGCAUAGCUUUGAAGCUUUUUUGGUCCUAACAGUUUGCGUUUGUCUACGCACCGCAUUCCAUUAGUCCUGUCUGUGAUGCUGUAGAUGCUGUAUCUCAGCACUGUAAACAAAUCACGCACGUGCUAUAAAUAACUGUUAGUACACAGUAGCUCACUCACAUAUCAAUUGAAACAGUGCAACUAUUUAAUUUUUUUGUCGAUUAUUAACGAAACAAUCACUUGAAUUUACGCGCCAAAUAACAUAUCAUAAUGAAAAUGCAUUUACACAACUUAAAGUAAAUGCCCAAGUCUUAAAUGUACAAUGCGUAGUCCAGGAUGGUGAUGGGUGAUGGGUUUCUGGGAUGGUGAAGGAUAGCUGUUGGCAGAAUGACGACCGCCAACAUUGACUACGACUAUUUGCUCAAGUUUCUGGUGCUCGGUGACUCCGGCGUGGGCAAGACCUGCCUGCUCUAUCAAUAUACAGACGGAAGGUUCCACACGCAGUUCAUAUCGACCGUUGGCAUCGACUUUCGGGAGAAGCGGCUGGUCUACAGCUCACGUGGUAGACGACAUCGCAUCCACUUGCAGAUUUGGGAUACGGCCGGACAGGAGCGCUUUCGCUCGCUGACGACGGCUUUCUAUCGGGAUGCGAUGGGCUUUCUACUCAUCUUCGAUCUGACCAGCCAGAAGUCCUUUCUGGAGAUCACCAAUUGGCUGGAACAGCUGCGCAUGCACGCCUACACAGAAGAUCCGGACGUAGUGCUCUGUGGCAACAAAUGUGAUCUACUGCAGCUGCGCGUCGUCAGCCGGGAGCAGGUCGCCGCUCUGGCUCAACGCUAUCGUCUGCCCUACAUCGAGACGAGCGCCUGCACCGGAGCCAACAUACAGCAGGCGGUUGAGCUGCUCGUUGGCCGUGUUAUGGAACGGAUAGAGAAUGCUGUCUCCAAUCGUGACUUCACCCUGCUAAUGGCCCAGUCCCGUCGACUACCCAACAUCGCCUACGGCCCGGAUAUAGUUAGACUGCAUCAAGCCAAUGGGAGUGCCCCCCGACGCAAUCGCAACUGCAAUUGCUAAACUUAUCCGGUUUGCCAGAUAGCAAUUUGGAAUUUUUAACUGGAUCCGUUCAAUUUUUUGUAAUUGCUCGACGAAUCCAGAAAGCUGCAAUUGCUUGAUAUAUCAUCUGGCUAUUCAGAUAACUUUUGGCCAAACUAUGACAAACUUUAUUCCGUUAAUCCGUUUAUCUAUGUGUGUUGACUGUAAAUAAAUGUUGCUUGUUGACUAAA